AUUAUUUUGGAGUUGUUGUAUUGAUGCUCGAUUCAAUUCAUUCUGGCCCUGACUUUGUUUAAAUUUAAACGAAGGGUGGUGAAAAAAUAACUGGCCUCCUUUCACUGUGUACUAUUGGCUUCACUGUUUCAGUGGUUCCUUCUGGGAGUUUUUAUUUUUAUUAUUAUCUUUCCAACUCUGCUUCCUAGGAGCACACGAGUAGUCGGAAGCAUGAUUUGUGCACUAUAUGAAGGCCUACGUAGGGCUGAAAGUUAGCAGAUUUCUGAUCUAGUAAACUGGUUUAACUGCAGCUUAUUUGUUUGUACUGCAGAGUGAGAUGUCAUUAAAGGUUGCAGUUUGUUUCAGUGUGAACUUUUGCUUCAACUAAUAUGGUGUUACAUCCACAAAUAUAUAUGCUGAAAAUGUAUACUUAAGUCUUGGUUUAGUACUCGAAACAUGGCUUUAGUUGCAGACUGCAGGUACUCAUGGAUGAUUGGUUUGCUACCAUGGUCAAUUAUGUUCACAUAUUACAACUUCACAACUUUUGCUUGCUGAUAUGCUUGAGCUUGAAUAGUCUGGUGUUCAUUUUCCACAAAUUUACAUGGCAGGUCUUCUAAUAAUCAAAGUUUUCUCAAAUGAUGGAACUCCCAGAUGAAAGAGUACAAGUAGAUGCACUGGAGAGACACUUACUAGCUGGUUUAUCUUCAAACGACUAUGAUGGAAGUUUUGAGGAUGAGGUCCUCUAUGAUGCAUCAUUUGCAGAAAUGGAAGAUAAUUUUGUCAAGUAUCAAAUUGCUCAGUGGACUUUAUUAUCUCUAUUACUAAUCGUAGCUUGGGGAGUAGGUGUGCUCAUGCUACUUUACUUACCUAUUGGGGUAUAUGUAUGUCGAAGAGACUUUCGCUCGAGGAAGCUGUACUUGACACCGCAUGCUGUUAUUUACAAGGUAAACAAGCCUUUUGCUUUUCCUUGUUUUGGAGUUUCCAAAAAGGAGAAAUAUUGGAUCCUCCCUUCAAUUUCCGAUGUUGUUGUUGAGCAAGAUUAUCUCCAAUCCAUUUUUGGUGUAUAUUCGAUCAGGAUUGAGAAUAUUAGUGUCAGAAAGCCUCCUAGUUGUGAUGUAAAAAUUACUGGGGUUGCUCAUCCACAUGAUUUCAGGAAGGCCGUUGUAGUCCAUCUUUUGAACACUAGGAAUCAAAAAACAUCAUCGGAUGACCAACAGAGCACAAAUUUGAAUUAUGCAGCUAGUUCUUCGGAGGCUUCUCUUGGAGAUUUGAUGCUAGAGAAGCUUGAUGAAGUUGAAAUCUCUGUAAAGAAAAUGCAAGCACUGCUACAGGGGCCUGAAAUUUCCAAGUUUAAGACCACAUCAGGUUGACUCCAUGUAUGUUGACAUUUUCACAGGUGAUUGAAGUUGAAAUUGUUUGACUCCUUGGGAAAUGAGAAUUGCGUUCUUUUUGGAAGUACUAGGGAGUACAUACCAAAAUUUUGGGCAUGUUCAGCUAUUGGCUGCGGCAGCAGCUGUACAGCCAUUCAGCAACUGUAGCACAUGCAGCAUCCAAUCAGCAGCUGGCACCUCAGCAAACAGCCGCUUAUACGCACAGGGAACAGGCCUUUACUGCAGAAGUCGCAUUUGUGCAGGAGUCAUCAGGUUAUGAAAUGUAAUGACUAUGUGUUUUUGUUUCUAAUAAAUAACGACGCAACUGUAACUACCAAAAAAAAAGUUCUGUUAAAGAAUGCAGUAACCAGCACAUACCCUCCUCUUGUUCAGUAAAUAUCAGCCAAAGUGCCAAAUCCAAACUAAAGUUAUCAAGACAUCUGGCUGUGGCUGCCUGAAAAACUACUUGGUGCUUUUCGACCCAGAUGCUAGCUCCACAGUCAAAAGGCUUUGGUGUAUCCUAAUCUGAUGGACUACAGUUCCAACACGUGGUUCACUGAACCUCAUAAGUGUCUAGUCGCUUCAUCUAACCACAGGGAGGCUGACUGACUGCUUGACUUGUGUCCCUUGUUCUCCAUUCUGUAUUCACACACUACACUACUACAGUAUUUCCUUUUUUUUU